UACAAAACUCCUCCGCCUCCGCCUCCGCCUCCACCACCACCACCACGACCUCCUCCUCCUCCUCCGCCCCAACCGGCCAUCCCCUCACCUCCCAAGACGUUUUCCCCGGUGCCCUACCUCCGAUCGCGAUCGCGGGCGCGGUCGCGGUCGUGCUCCGACGUGGCGUCCAUGUCGUCGUCGUCGCCCGGGGAGCGCGGGGACCAGUCGCCGCCGCGGUCGCCGACCCCGCCGCCCCUGCCGCAGCCGCCGCUGGUGGGCGCGCUCAUCGAGUCGCUCUCGUUCCGGAGCUGCGGGUUCGGCCGCGCCGCCGCCUCGGCGUUCGAGAAGGAGGACCUCCGCGCCCGCGCCGCGCUGCCGCAGCGGCUCCGGGCCGCCGUGCACGCGGCGCUGCGGGCCAGGGACCCCUCCGCGGGGGCGUUCGCUUACGUCCCCGGGUACGCCUACACCUACGAGGCCGGCGCUGGGGGAGGAGGAGGAGGAAGAGGCGUGUCGGUGUCGGUCAACCCGUGGUUCGGCGCCGCGCACGACGACGCUCCCGAGUCCCCCCUCAUCGCGUUCGUCAACCCGCGCAGCGGCGGCCGUCUCGGCCCCGUCCUCAAAUCCCGCCUCCAGGAGCUCAUCGGCGAGGACCAGGUUUUUGAUCUUACUAUUGUGAAGCCUUCUGACUUUGUGGAAUAUGCUUUGGCUUGUUUGGAACAACUCGCUGACGCUGGUGACCACAGUGCAAAGUUCAUUCGCCAUAAUUUAAGGGUCAUGGUUGCAGGAGGUGAUGGUACAGUAGGUUGGGUGUUGGGAUGUUUAGGAGACCUUUAUGUUCAAAACAGGGAACCGGUUCCUCCAGUUGCUGUUAUACCACUUGGGACAGGAAAUGAUCUUUCCAGGAGUUAUGGCUGGGGUGCUUCCUUUCCUUUCGGAUGGAAAGCAGCUGCUAAACGAUCUCUGUACAAGGCUAUUUUCGGUUCAGUUUCUUGUUUAGACAGUUGGCAUGUUGUUGUUUCUAUGCCAGCACGAGAUGAAGAAGAAGAGGAAGAACUGAAUCUUCCUCACUCCCUCAGGAAUCUCGGAGAGUGUACCUUUUACGAUGACGGAACUGCUGAAGGGGAGUUGCCUGAAACAGUUUCUUGCUUUAAUGGUGUAUUCUAUAAUUACUUCAGCAUAGGCAUGGAUGCUCAAGUGGCUUAUGGAUUUCACCAUCUACGGGAUGAAAAGCCAUUCCUUGCUAGUGGUCCUUUAUCUAAUAAAUUAAUUUACGCAGGAUAUACCUGCAAGCAGGGAUGGUUUUUUACACAGUGUAUCAGUGACCCUGAACUGAGGGGAUUGAGGAACAUUAUCCGUUUAUCUAUAAAGAAGAUGGACAGCUCUGAGUGGGAGAACAUCCCUGUACCAUCAAGUGUCAGGGCUAUUGUUGCGUUAAACCUUCACAACUAUGCGAGUGGAAGGAAUCCAUGGGGAAACUUGAAGCCUGAAUACUUGGAAAAGAGAGGAUUUGUCGAAGCCCAAUCAGAUGAUGGUCUUCUUGAAAUAUUUGGAUUGAAGCAAGGGUGGCAUGCAUCCCUUGUGAUGGUUGAACUAAUAUCUGCAAAACACAUAGCUCAGAUCGCAGGAGACAUUCAUAUCGUCAAAAUCUUGUGGAAGAAAACCAUAUCAGCAAAUCCCCCCUAUUGUACUAUUUUUCAGGCAGCAGCAAUACGGUUGGAGAUAAAAGGCGGGCAAUGGAGGGAUGCGUACAUGCAAAUGGAUGGGGAGCCAUGGAAGCAACCAUUGAACCCCGAGUACUCGACAUUUGUUGACAUCAAGAAGGUCCCGUACCCAUCUCUCAUCAUCAAUGGCGGGGAUCGUUAGUAACAGGAGAGCCCCAGAUUUGCUUUGCCCUGGCCUUCAGCGUCCAGCUUGGAAGCCAGAUUUAACCCUGACGAUUAUUUUCUCGCUGUAUAUGGAAUUUGAGGAUAUGAUAUUUGCAGGGGACAGAGCCAUGCCCCUGUGCUUUGAUCCGGAUUCUCGAAUUAACGCUGCAUACAUUGCAUGUGGUAAUUGGUAGCUGCGUGCAUAUUUGUCCAGCGAUUUGAGGAUGAUACCUGAUGAUGUGUAGGUAGGCGUGAGAUGAAGUUGACGUUCUUCUGAUUGUUGUAGAGGUGAAAACGAAAAACUUCCGGACUCUAUUCCACAUUUUUAUUUUUCUUGUUUCCAGAUGGUCAGCACGGUGUUGGUGUCCAAUAUGUUUCGAUAAAUCUGCAUCACGUUAACUAAUUGCAUA